UGGCUGGACUUCCGGAAACACACGGUCCUGUCCUGCGGGCGGCGAGACCGACAUGUCGAGUUUCUCCAGGGCGCACCAGCAAUGGGCCACUUUUGCUCGAAUAUGGUAUCUUUUAGAUGGGAAAAUGCAGCCUCCUGGCAAACUGGCUGCUGUAGCAUCUGUAAAACUUCAGGGAUUACAUAAACCUAUGUACCAUCAACUGAGUGACUGUGGAGAUCAUGUUGUCAUAAUGAACACAAGGCAUAUUGCAUUUUCUGGAAACAAAUGGGAACAAAAAGUAUAUUCCUCUCAUACUGGCUACCCUGGUGGAUUUAAACAAGUAACAGCUGCUCAGCUUCACCAGAGGGAUCCAGUGGCAAUUGUGAAACUGGCUAUUUAUGGCAUGCUGCCAAAAAACCUUCACAGGAGAACAAUGAUGCAAAGGCUACAUCUUUUCCCAGACGAGGAUAUUCCAGAAGCUAUUCUUAAGAAUUUAGUGGAAGAGCUUCCUCAGCCACGGAAAGUGCCCAAACGACUGGAUGAAUAUACCCAGGAAGAAAUAGAAGCUUUCCCAAGAGUGUGGUCUCCACCUGAAGAUUACCGACUGUAGGAGAGUGGCAAUUACAGAGGUGGUUAAGCUGCUUCUUGAAGUUUCUCUGACUUAGGACAAGGCUGGAGCAACUACUUCCAUGCAGCAGGAUGAAGCCCACCAAGGGAGGGCUGGUCCAUCAGGAAACUGCAAUGAAAUGCAUUAUUUUAUUUAAUCUGAUUUAAAUGUCAUAAAUGAUGAUAAUAAAAUUGCCUAUUUGGUUAACUA